AAAUAUUAGCUACAUCUGUUAUAUUUUCAAAUUCAAAACGGUGUGGUUGAGAUGAAAAUGUUUGAAUGGAUAUAACUUUAUAUAUAGAAACAAAUGGCUUAACUACAUAUAGUCGUUAUGAGCUGGUUCACAGCUGAACUACAAGGAAUUAGGCAUGAACGGAACCAAUCAACUCCAACGAUGAGUCAGUCUUUGUUUUCUUUCUGUUAUUGCACCUGGACCAAUCACACAUAUGAGCCAGCAUAAAUAGCAGUAUAUACAUAUAUAUAAAUAUGAAAGGAGGUACAUUUCGCAACACACAAUGGGAUCCCACGCUGCUGACAUCACAGAUUGUGUCCAUGCAGUGCUGUGUGUACUUCUCGCUGGGCCUGCUCGUGUUUGUGGCCAACAAGUUGGCUGGCGACAACUAUACACUGGAUCACCUUUUCGAAUACCAUGAAAUACAUAUAUAUGAUAUGGGUGGUCGUCUGGUCAUCUGCGCUUUUGUGCUGAAUGCCUUUGUGGCCUCUUUGGCGCUCUGGUGCAUUGUUCGCCGCGCCAAGCUGUGUCUGGACUUCAGCUGCACUUUCCAUUUGCUGCAUCUGAUCAUCUGCUGGUGGUACAAUCGCUCCUUUCCCGCCAACGCCUCCUGGUGGCUGCUUAAUGUGAUUACCGCAACGAUAAUGUGCAUAGGCGGCGAGUUUUUGUGCCUGCAAACCGAAAUGAAGGAGAUUCCCGUGGGCUAUGCGGCGCUCAAUCAAAAGUCGGACGUUUGAGUUGACCGUUAGAUGGAUUAACGAUGUGAUUGUGAUGCUCACCAAGCCACCAGUUACUCUAAACAUACUUUUAAUUUAUUGUAAAACAGUUUAAGUAUAUAUAUACAUAUAUAUAUAAUGCGUACGUAAACGCUAAUGCAAUAUCUGAUAUAUAUAAGGCGCGCCACGCUUCAGGUUCAGCUCCUUGGGCACCGUCUGUGGCGGCAUAAAAAACUUCAGCUCCGCGGCUGCCGGAUCGCCGGAUGUGCUGCCAUUGUGCAUAAACAGCUGCCAGAAGUGCAGCUGGCUCGGCACCAGAUACCAAUAGCUGAACAUGAGCCCGAACGAGACGAUCAGCGCGCCGAGCAGCAGCAGCGUCCAGCAUUGCCUGCGUUGUGACUUCUGCAUGAUGUGCUUUCAACUGAGAGCAGAAAAAAACUCAAAUCGACAGAAAAAUAAAUACACUUUGCAAUCGACUAAGCAAACACACCUUUUGCGAACAACCAGACGCUUCAAUUUAUCUCUAAAUACAAAAACAAAGAAACGAAAAAAAAAGAGCAGCAGAAGUCAGCUCCUCCUUAAUUUAGCCACCGCAACAAUGCAGCCUAAUCAGGUUUUCCAAAUCUAAUCAGCCACUAAUUGGCUCGGCUGUGGUCCCCAACACGACGAUCCGGCGCGAGCUUUCGCUGAAUUCAUGUUAAUUGAAGAGCGGGCGAGCUCGCUACGAAACAUUCUUCUUUUUUUAUGGAUCGCGCAUUGCAAGUUGAAAUUUUAAAUUAACUACGUUGGACAUAACUGCGCAUAUGGAAAUGCACUUCUUUGUGAUUCGCAGACAGAAUAACAAAAAACCGUUAGCUCUCACUCUCUCUGUCCCUCUUGUAAACAUAACAGCAAAUCGAAUCGCCGUCACCAAAUCGAAGAUUGUAUACCCUAGGCAUCUUAAUGUAUGAAAUAAAUUCUCGACUGCUCCAUAUA